GGAAGUUCAGUUCCAGCAGGAGGUACGCUCGUGCAGUCAGUCAGUUUCGAACCGUCGUUGCGUGCGAAUCGUUCUUUCAGCAAAUUUGUAUAAGUAAAAUAAUAUAUAAGACACCCGAGCACCCAUCGCCAAGUAAUAACCGACUAUUGAAGAGUUAAUUAAAAACAAAAAUAAAUACGUAUAUUUUUGUACAUUCGAGAAUUCCUCGUGUUAAAAAAUUUAAAACGUGGACUAAAUAAAUAAAAUCUAAUCUAACCAACAACAACCCCGUGUUAAGAAAAAAUAUAGUUAACAGUCGACGAAGAACAAAAAAUAAAAUAAAAAUAGGCGACAAUCAAUCGAUUAUUUUUUAAAUUCGCGUGCGGACUGAAAAACAUUUUUUCUCAUUUAAAAUUUUCAAAGUGUGUGCGGAACCUUUGUUAUAUUAACUUUGAUUGUAUUAACUUUUGUUACAAGGAAGACAUCAAAAUAAAUUUGAGAAAAUGCCGGCAAGUUACUUCGCCGAUUCCGGUUUAGCCGAUGAUAGGGCGCUUCAGUUAGCCCUUGAAUUAACAAAAAUGGGUUUGACGGACCCUUUGGGCCCCGUUUCCGAACCAGACACCCCAACCGAUUUGGGCAGUUUCGUGAAUCCUUUGGUCUCCACCGUUGGUCUCGAAGAAGUCCGAUCGAAAAAAUCGCAAAAUAUGACCGAAUGCGUUCCGGUUCCAAGUUCCGAACAUGUUGCCGAAAUCGUUGGACGACAAGGUUGUAAGAUAAAAGCAUUACGAGCAAAGACCAACACGUACAUAAAAACCCCAGUAAGAGGUGAAGAGCCAGUGUUUGUAGUAACAGGUCGUAAAGAAGACGUAGCAAAAGCCAAACGUGAAAUUCUGUCAGCGGCCGAACAUUUUUCUCAAAUCCGAGCAUCGAGGAAGAAUAAUUUGGCCGGUUUGGGAUCGGGAACGAGUACGCCUCCGGGUCCUCCGGCCAACAUUCCGGGGCACGUAACCAUUCAAGUGCGCGUCCCGUACCGCGUCGUCGGUUUAGUGGUAGGUCCAAAAGGUGCCACCAUCAAACGAAUUCAGCAUCAAACCCACACUUACAUCGUGACACCAAGCAGAGAUAAAGAGCCCGUGUUCGAAGUGACCGGACUCCCAGAAAGCGUUGAAACCGCCAAAAGGGAAAUCGAAGCCCACAUCGCGAUGCGAACGGGAAACGGAACAUCGAUUAAUGGAUUACCGGGUUUAGGCGGGAUUGAAGAUACGACUACUUCAGAUAUCUUGGGAUCGUUGUACAAAAGUGGCUUAAAUUCGCUUUUUAAUUAUUUGGAUGGACCUUUGGAUACAUUUCCGAUGACUUCAUCGACAGGGAGUUCGGGGGCUUUUUCUAGUUCCGGUUCGAUUUCUUCGAGUUCGUCAAGUUCCGGCGGAAGAGCCGAUUUGGGGAACAUUUGGAGUUCAAGUGAUCGCGACGAAGGAAUCGGGGAAUCCCCGACGUACGACGCUAACAACGCGCUUUCAAGUAUUUGGACGUAUCCAACUGUUACUCAAUCGAGACAAACGCCCCCGACGAGUACUUCUCCAUCAGAACAAUUAUUAAACUCCUCGAAAUGUUUGGUUUGUACCGAAGCGAAAGUGACCCAUGCUUUGUUACCGUGCGGACAUCAUUAUUUCUGCAGCGAUUGCGCCAGCAGGGUUACCGAAAUCCACGAAAAUCCUUGCCCGGUUUGUUCGAUCCCAGCUAGAAAAGCGGUCCGGAUUUAUUCGUCUAAUGCUUAAAUAAUUUUUUUUUAAAUUAAAUAAAUAAAAUUAAUGGAAUAAAUGAAAGCGACAAAAAAAAAUUAAGCAAAUUUAAACUCGACGACUCAAUGGAUCUCCUUUUUGAUACCUACGUUUUAGUUUAUUGAGGAAAUUAACAUAAUAAAAUUAAUAAAAUAAGAAGAAUUAAAAAUUAAUACGAGAUAAGAAGAGGAUUAUUACAAUGGCGCAUUCCUAAAUUCAAAAUUUUCAAAGAUGUCGAGGUUAAGUGUACAUAACGAGAUAUACAGGGUGGAUCUUGGAUUAACACACAGAACAACGAAGCUUUUAUACGCUAGGGGUUUAAAUACUAGUGAGUAUUAGUAAUGAUAAUAAUAAGUCUAAUACGAAAAGAAAUGAAUUGAAUCCUUCUUAGUCAUUUUUGUUAAUUUUUAAAUUAUUAUUAUCGUUAUGUUUUUUUUUUGAAUCGAGAGACGCCCUGUAUAUAUGUUUUUUUAUUAUUUGAUUUUUGUGUUAUUGUAAAAAUUCCCUGCGAGGUACCAUCUCAGAUAAUAAAUUAAUAACAAAAUGCCAGUGUUAUAGUAAUAAAUAAGUAGAUUUACUUUUAUUGAACAAAAAUAU